AUGGUGCUGCAAGGCAAUUCUCUCUACCGGACUGCCGUCGCUGCCGGCAGUCUCGGCUUCAUCACCUUCGGAUGGGACGCUGGUGUUCUUGGAGGUGUCCUUCUCACGCCAGACUUUCAGGCCGCCAUUGGCUACCCCAACACGACCAUCAUCUCCAUGGUCACAUCCGUAUUCCUCCUAGCAUCAUGGCUGGGAUGUGUCAUUAUUUCCAUCUUCGGAAUGCGCAUGGGUAGACGAAGCUGGGUCCUUGCCGGCGAAGUCGUACAGAUCAUCGGCUCAAUCAUCAGUGCAACCAGCUACAGCUACGGCCAGCUGAUUGCUGGUCGUGUAUUGAUUGGAGUUGGAAAUGGAUUCUGCACGUCUAUGAUCCCCGUCUAUGUUGCGGAAAUGGCAGUCAAUGUCAAAGUUCGCGGAGCGUCCGUCAACUUCAUGAUCUGCUCGGCAGCUGCUGGCAUCGCGCUUGCUUAUUGGGUUGAUUUCGGCAUGACAUUCACCACCGGUCAGGUCGUCUGGAGGUUCCCCGUUGCCCUCCAAAUUAUGUGGUCCCUCCUGACAAUGGCGUUCCUCUAUCCCACGCCAGACACACCUCGUUACUACUACGCCAGAGGCCGUAACGAGCAGGGUGAUAGCACCCUCGAGCGUCUGUACGGAAAGACUUUGACCGAUCCUGAGGUUGAGCAAUCCAGGAAAGACAUUCUGGCCUCUAUCGAGCUCGAGAAGGUUGCCACUGCCUCUCUGCGCCUCAAAGACUUCUUCUGGGACACUUCGGAUCUGCAGGCUGCACGCCGUAUCCGCACCGGCGUCAUCCUCGUCGGCAUUGGCUACUUGAUCGGUACUGACAUGGUCUACUACUACAUGACAACUAUCUUCCAAACUUACAUUGGUCUCCCCGCCGUGACCGCGUCCGCACUUUCCGCCGUCGCCACCACUGUUCUCACCAUCACCAACUUCAUGGGCGUGACAUUCAUGGAGAAGCUGGGCCGCCGCACAUGGCUCAUCGCCGGAGCGAUUGGACAGACGAUUUUCUUUGCUACAUUCACGGGCUUAAUGUCGAGCCCCGGUGCAAAGACGGGAGCUGCUGCAGCGGCCAUGCUGUUCUGCUGGAUCGCCGUCUUCGGACCCACCUGGGGUCCCGUUCCGUACGUGUACAGUUCAGAGAUCAUGCCGCUUCGCUACCGCCACAUCGGUUUCUCUUUGUCUGUCAGUGCGCAAUGGCUCUCGGCAUUUCUGACCACAUUCGCCGGGCCCAUUGCCAUUGCCGACGUGAACGUGGGUUGGAAGACGUGGAUCUGGUUUUUGGUGUUCAAUGCCAUCGCUGGUCCCUACGUCUAUUUCUGCUGCCCCGAGACCCGCGGACGCACGCUCGAGGAGGUCGAUUUGAUCUUCAUGUCCGAGAGGCUGGAGAAUACCGCCGCCGCCAAGCAACUCCACCAUGCCGGCUCCGUCUCCGGUAGUAGCACGACCGAGGGUGCUGCUGAGCAGGGCUCCGUCACCCCGACCAAGGAGGGUUAA